AAAAAAGGAGAGACAGAGACUGAGCAAAUGAGACAUACUGGAAGUUGUGCAGUUUGGAAAAUGCCUUCAUGUGACUGUUGUGGUUUUGGGUGCAGGAAGUCGGCACUGUCAUUUGUAGGAGCACCAGUUUGAGAAAUAAAAAGAAGGUAAUGAAGGAGUGUACAAGCAGCACAUCACGAUACUGAGGGCAGCAGACAGACAAGAGCUCAAAGAAGCAGAAGGAGAAACAUCAAGAACCAUGACGAUUCUGUAUCUUUUGUAAAACUACAGCCUUCGUAUUGAGUUUGUAUUCGUUGAUCUUUCUUAAGCUGCAAGAGGAAAGAAAGAAAGAAAGAAAGAGUGGCAAGAUCGUGAGUGAAAGACUUUUUUGUAGUGGUUGCUCUUCUGACAUCACAGCAGGUACUUUGAAGUGAAUCAAAGGUUUUCUGAGGAGGGAAACAGACAAUAUAGUGUGUGACAGACACAAAUGAAGGAGAAGACGUUAUAAAAGAGCAUAAGAAGACGCAUUUCAUUGUUGGGAGAUCUGUUUAGGAGCCAUGGAGAGAAAAUGGGUCCUGAGUGCUGUCUAUCUCUUCGCUGUCUGUCUUACAAGGAGUCUUUCAUCAGGAGAAGAUUCCAGAACAUCUCUUCAUGCUAACAACACACUGUCAUGCUCUGCUUCAACCACUGAAAAGCUUGCAGUUUGCAGGAAUGAAUCUGUUGAAUUGGGGACCACUGUCACCUUAAACUGCACCAACACAAAGAUCGCAUGGAAUGACAUGAUUUUUGUCAUCUGGAAAAUUAAUUUGCAAAACAAAAAUUGUUUAAUUGCUGUGGCUAAAAAUGACUCAGACCACGACAGCUGUAAUGAUGGGAAAAAGCUGACCCACACAGCAGAUGGAACGUAUCACCUGAUCAUCCCAAAUUUUUCCAUCCAAGAUGAAGGAAAUUACACCUGUGACUUUUCAUACCAAUCAGGUGGUUCGAUUGAAAAAAUCACAGUCUCUGCAUGGGCCCGUCCAAAUGUAUCUGGCUGGCUGGAAUAUGAGCACGGACACACUGUCGCUGUGUGUGAAGCUACAAGUAAACAACAAGCCUCUAUCCAUUGGGAAACACCGUGGAACUCGUCCGCUACCAUCACACAAGUAUCUGAGACUCCAGGGCAGCUUUCCACAGUGAUUAGCCGCUUACACCUUCCUCAACAUGCUUCUCAUAGAAACCUCACUUGUGUGGCCACUGCCAAUGACUUCAAGCACUCCAAGACUCAAUUUAGCAACUUCACGUUUAGAGACGUACAUGUUGAAUGGCUCAUUAUUUUUGCUGUGGUUUUUGCCAUCUGCUCCACUGUGGCUCUUUUAACUGGACUCUACAUCAUGCGCAGAAAUCUCAUACUAUUAAGUGUUUUUCGAAAGAUUUGCUGCAAACCUGACACCCCUGCGACAAAUGAUGAAAAACCUCAACAGCCCUGUGAUCCUGAUGAAUUGCAACCCUAUGCCAGUUACGUGCAGAGAGUAAACUCCAUCUACAACUCUUCAGCUGAACUCUUCAAUGCGUGACUCACUCCAGACUUACCUGAAUGCACAAAGACAUUUCUGAUAAAUGCAGAUCAAUGAUGUGCCUACGAUGCAUACUGUCACGAGGUUUGCAGUCGGUAAAUGCAGAUUCAUCAGUGCACUCUUACUCUGUGGAUGAAAUUACACACGAGUCCUAAUACUGCUCUUAAUGAGGGCUGAUGAAACCCCUUCAAAAGAACAUCCUCCAACGUGCAGGCUCUGAUGAUAGAAACAUAAACCAGAGUGAGUCAAAGUGAAAGAAGGAGUGGAAACAAAAGGAUUGUCUCAUGAUUAGGAAAUUUUCUACUCUCAAUUCAAUUCAGAAUAUAAAGAGCCUACACUGAGAGUUGUAUCAUCAAAACUCAACUGAAACACUGGAAGUGAAAUAGCGGACAUUUUAAAUAGAUUUUCUCUAAGCGAGACAUGCAAAUAUGGAAUUUGCUGUGUUCUUUCUCCUGAGCUGGUGCAAUAUACAGAAGAAUAGUGGCCUGAUUAGGACUGUAGGUUUAAUCGAGGAAUCUUUUAAACCACACAUUUCUGUUUCCUUAUCAGAAAACAAUUCCACCAAAAAUCUAUCACAGAACUACCAUCUGCCUUACCAUCUACGAUUUCUGGUCACUUGUGACAGCGUUACAGGAAACGUGUGCUUUUUCAUGCAAAAAAGUUACAUUUUGGCAGCAAAGCUCACAAAAUUCACUAAAGUUGAAAGGACAUAAGAAGUGAAAGAUGCUCGUUUACUUUUCUAGCUGUUACUUUCACUUCAUAACUUUGUCUAAAUGGAUUUUGACUUGUGAAUUCACGAGCUCAAUCUUGUGACCCAAUUGAAAACAAGUGGGCGGGACUAUGGGCUCUUUGGUUGAAAAUUUGAAGGACUUUUUUUUUUUCUUAGUAUUGUUUGGUGAACAUCAAAAAAAACAAAAAACAAACCUGCCAUCUUGUGCAAUGACGUUGGGGUUUUUCCCUAGUUUGUGUAAUUCUGAGCUUUUUUUUGUUCCAGAAGGAUAUCUUAGAAAGUGAACAAAUCUUGAAUCUGGGAGAAUGUAGCUAAUUAAAUAAUAUCGGCUGGCUUUUUUUCGUGGUCUAUCAGGUAUAUUCCAUUCAGCUAGCAUGAUAUUGAACGAGUCGAAGAUGAGUAGCUGAAUGGAAUAUAUCUAAAAGACCAUGAAAAAAGCCAGCCAACAUUAUUAUUAUUAUUAUUAUUAUUAUUAUUAUACACUCUCUUCAUAUCAGCAUUCUCAAAGGCCAACACACUAGCUUACCCGUGACUCGGUGCUGUUAGCGCGGUGGUCUAAUUACCUUCCAGCCAGUGUAGCAAAGGCCAACACUAGCACAGUCAAGCCGAAUAUUGUUAUAAGAAUUAUUAUUAUUUUCCCUGUGUGAUUCGCUGAGUUACUUUUAAAAUCUACAUUGACAGCUACAUACAACGGAGCGACCUGGCAGCCAAAAUUCUCUCAAAAUCAUCCACUUUUAAUGAAGCAAACCUGGCGGCCAUGUUUGUUCACAAACUGUCAUAGUCGCUCGCUAACGCGGAGGUUUUAUGUCUCCGACGUGUGGUGCUAUGUUGUCUUGACAACGUGCAAUAUUGUAACAAUAUCGCACACUCAUUCUCCAUUGGGUAGAUGGGAUAAUACACAUAGGAUAAGCGAUAUGCUAACAAUACUGCAUGCUAUCAAUAAACCCACUAGAAGCGAAUAGAAUACAUGGAAAAAGUGUCCUGUGUGUAUAAUAAUAAUAAUAAUAAUAAUAAUAAUCUCAUCUCAUUAUCUCUAGCCGCUUUAUCCUGUUCUACAGGGUCGCAGGCAAUCUGGAUCCUAUCCCAGCUGACUACGGGCGAAAGGCGGGGUACACCCUGGACAAGUCGCCAGGUCAUCACAGGGCUGACACAUAGACACAGACAACCAU